AUGGCGUUGAGAAGGCCUCUCUGGCCAAAGUCGAGUCUGAAUCGACUAUGCACAUCUCGAACUGACCUCAGUCCUCAAGCUGUGAGAUGUGCCAAUUCCAAGCUCCUCAGCAAACCGCGCCAACGACAUCUGGCCACUCAUGUGGCCACCGCAACCGCAACAGCUCCUCGCCAGCAUCAUUUCAACGAGUUUCUCCCACCCCGUGACCGCACAGAGCUCGACGAUGUGUUGAGUGCGGUACAGAGCCAGAACCCGGACCUGCUGUACAAGGCCUUUCUCCAAUGGACAGAUAUCCUUGGUAACCCGAGCUCACCAUUGAGGGAUGCAGCUAUCGAACAGGCGCAGGAGCUUCCAGGGCCGUCAUUCUCGGAGAUCUUACGCAGCAUUGAUCCGUUGAUAACGUCAAGAAAACACGAUGUUGCACAUGGGCUCAAUCUAACCCAAGGUCAAACUCAGUUCACCGACACCAGCAAAUGGGUUGAUGAGUUUGGAGUGCGAGACCACCAUCGCCAAGUACUUCGUGGCAUGCAGAUACUCAUGGAAGUCCGAACUGGCUCACCAUAUGGCCUCACGCCAGCUGACUUUGAGGUGUUUUUGAGAUGUGCCGGCGCCGCGGCGGAUUAUCAAGCUACCAAGAACUUUUGGGCCACCAUGGCACCCCAUGGUCUUCAGGAUGCCCGUACUGCAAAAACGUGGACUGAAUUCAUCAAGUCUCGGUUUCUGAUUGAACCAACCUACUAUCAAUUUGACCGAUCACGCGUAGCCGUCAUGGCUCGUGACUUGUACAGCAACCGACGCCCCCUGCCAAUGGCCACACUAAAGCGCAUGGACAACAUGAGACACAGCAUCAAUGCUUUCAAAAGGGAGCCCUGGAACCGGAGACCAGACGAGUUGGAUGAAGACAUGCGGCGACUUCUCCGUCGCCGAAUCGACUUCCGUGGCUACAAAGGCCACUGGGUUCGGGCGUUGUACUAUGGCCGCGAAAUGGACGAAGAGCUCCUCUGCGCCUCUCUCAUUGCCUUUGCCCGAUCCAGCUCCUUACAUUCCAUCAAGACACUCAUUCUCGAAAACUACUACGGCAUAAAUAUCGUGGAAGACGCCGAGUCAAGCCCCGGAAACCCUCAAAUCUCAGGCGGAAUCGACCUCCCUCCUCACUCACCCAUCAAACCAACCGAGAAGCUCCUCAACGCCAUCGUCGAGGCAUUCGGGUCCAUGUCCCACAUCCCACUAGGCAUGAAGCUCCUCGACUUUGUCUCGCAACGAUACGACAUCCCCAUCCCCCACGAAACAUGGUCCAACCUCCUCAACUGGACGUACCUCUGCGCCUCAAAGCCCUUCAAGCCCAUGAGAAAGCUCCACGGCGACUUCCAAUCCACCUUCACAACAGCCGCCGACGUCCGUGAAGUCUUCAACGUCAUGACCUCGCCGCCAUACAACAUAACCCCCACUUUCGACAACUACGACAUCUACAUCAAGACGCUUAUCGCGCAACGCUCAUUUGGCCGCGCCCUCACCAUCGUCAGAAACGACAUCCUCCCCUUCUACGAAGCCGUCAUCAACGACUACGAACUCGCCGUCCAAGAUGAAAUCCUCCAAAACGACCUCGGCCCCUCUCCGCAAGCCACCCAUCGUCGCCACCAAGCCCAACUGUACAAGGACCACAUCCACCACCGCAUAUCAAGCUGGUUCGACAAGCUCCUCAAAACUGCCUCCGCAAACAAGGGCCACCGCGACGGAGCCGUCAUGAAGACCAUGAUCCCCAACCUCGUCGUCGAAUUCGCCGACUUCUUCCCCCACCAGAUUCGAUACCGCACCGCCCAGGGCGUCGUGCAGAUCGACCGUCCGGAGGCAACCCGUCGGUUUGAGUGGGUUCGACGCUGGCGAGAGACCCUGCCCCAGAAAAAGGCUGGUAUUCAUGCUCGAGGGAAGCAAGGCUCCGAUGAGCCGGAUUUUGCGUACCCCAUGGUACCUACCUUGAGGUUGCUGGAGUGGCAGCGUAGACCACGGAGGAGAAUGGACAAUCUGGGAAGGGCACCCAAGGAUGCGGAAUCGAGGAGCUGGUGGGAUCGGUUGGAGGAGGAGCUCGUCUUGUAA